AUGAUCGUCUCGCUGCUGUUCGUCACGUUCGCCACUACGGGCCCAGCCACAGGCACAGCCGAGGAUCUCCUCAGCUCAUCGGAUACCCUCUUUGGCGGACAGGUCUCCGGAGACAGCUUCCAAGGAUUCUGCGCUGACGACAACGGCAGCAAGUGCAAGGAGCUUGGCCGCGAAUUUCGCAAGGGUGACUACGGCGUCGCGCGGUUUGCGUGCCGACAGCUCUGCGAGGCGUGGCGUGGCUGCCAAGCCGUCGAGCUUCUUCGCCUCCGCAAGACGUAUUCGCUCUGCAAGGUGUGCGGUUCGGCCGCCACGCGCACGAACAAGGCGCCGGCGAACAACGUCGAGUGUCUCACUUACAACAACGGGGAAUGA